AUGGAGCUGAAGAAGGACAGCAACGCCGUGUCCAUCGACAUGCUGUUGAUCGUGCACUCGGAGAAACGGCGCGCAGCGCACGGCACGCACUCGGACCGGCAGGCGGACCCGGGCGCGCUGCCGCAGCGCAGAGGAGGACUCCAAGGUGUCGGAAAUGGAAUCCGGAGAUGGCAGAAAUUCGAAGGAAAUGACGUGCAUGGAAACCUGGCGGAGAAACAGCACCCUCAGCAGACCCAGGUCAUCACUUCCUACGACAACCAAGGGACACAGCUGACUGUGGAGGUCCACCCUCGAGAUGCCAUGCCCCAGCUGCUCAAGAAGUUCUCCUUGGCUAAACGUUUACAAGGUGAUAAAAAUGGAAACACAAGACCCCGGCAGCCUGGAGCAAAAGAUGCCCAUGUUUACCCCUGGGAUCGGUCCAGCCUGAAAUCCAUGCCCCUGGACCUGCAGGAGUUUGAGAAACUGGACACGUAUGCCUCACAGGUGACAGUCAAGAGUGGCCUGGACGAGCUGGUGAGCGACCUGCUCCAGGAGGCCCACAGUGACCUGGAGAGGGUCCGCGUGAUCUGGAUCUGGAUCUGCCACCACAUAGAGUAUGACAUUGAGGCUGCCCAGGAGAAGGACCGCCAGGCCUUCAAGCCCACUGACAUCCUGCGGACCCAGAAGACCAACUGUGACGGCUACGCUGGACUCUUUGAGAAGAUGUGCAGGAUCGCUGGAGUGCAGUGCAUGACCGUGCCUGGCUACUCCAAGGGCUUUGGCUACCAGACAGGACAGAGCUUCUCCGGGGAGUUUGACCAUGCCUGGAAUGCUGUGUACCUGGAGGGGAGAUGGCACCUGCUGGACAGCACCUGGGGCAGCGGCCUGGUGGACUCUGCCACCUCCAAAUUCACCUUCCUCUACAAUGAAUUCUACUUCCUCACCCAUCCUGCACUGUUCAUCGAGGACCAUUUCCCAGACAACAAGAACUGGCAACUGCUCAAACCUCCUCAAUCUCUGAAGCAGUUUGAGAACAACAUGUACCAUAAGAGUGAAUUCUACAACAAAGGGAUGCUGAGUGCCCACCCAGAGACUUCGGUGAUCAAAACAGUGAACGGGAAGGCCACUGUCACUGUUGAGAGCUGUGCCCCCACGCUCUUCAUGUUUAUGCUCAAUGGCAAGCAGGAGCAUGGGCUGCUGAGCCUCAGGAAGAACGGGAUGAAGCUGGACAUAUACCCUCCAACCGUGGGCACCCACAAGCUGCAGAUCUUUGCCAAAGGCAAGUCUGACAUCUACAGCUCGGUGCUGGAGUACACGCUCAAGUGCAACUACGUGGACAUCGGCGUCCGGCUGCCAGCUGAGCUGCACCAGCCCGUGGGCCCCAGCUGGUUCUCGGAGCAGAUGGGCAUCAUGAAGCCCUCCCACCCCGACCCCAUCAUCCACACCAGCGACGGGCGCUGCUCCGUCAGCUUCAGCGUGGAGGAGGGCAUCAGCGUCCUGGCUUCCCUGCAUGGGGACGAAGGCCCCAUCACCGAGGAGACACAGCGGCGCUACAUCUUCCAGACGCAGCGGGAGAAGCGGGCAGAGCUCAAAGUCCAGUUGCCCCAGGCCGGCAAGUUUGCCCUCAAGAUCUUUGUCAAGAAGAGGCUGGAGCCAGGCAACUAUGUCUUCGUCUUCAAUUAUCUCCUGUGCUGCACCAACACCAAGGUGAACUGGCCCAUGUUCCCCGAGAGCUUUGGCAACUGGGGGCAGGACAAUGAGCUGCUGGAGCCUCUGUCGGGCGUGCUUCCUGCCAACCGGAACGUCCCGUUCAAACUGAAGCUACAUGGCAUCGCCAAAGCCCUGGUGAAGGGGCAGGACACGUGGCCCCUGACCCUGAAUCAAGAGGGCUACUGGGAGGGCAGCUGCAACACGGCCGGCUGCCAGGAAGUCUAUGUCAUGGUGCUGGAGAACGCCAACCACAAUUUCUACUCCUACAUCCUGAAAUACAAAGUGAACGCCCAGUGA